AUGGCAGGCUGGAAUCACACAGGGGUGAGAGAAUUCCUUCUGGUAGGUUUAACCGAAAAUCCUAAUCUGCAGAUUCCUCUCUUUGUGCUCUUCUCCCUUAUUUAUUUAAUCACUCUGACAGGUAAUGGGGGGAUGAUCAUCUUGAUCUGGUUCAAUGCCCACCUUCACACGCCCAUGUACUUCUUUCUUAGCAACCUGUCUUUUUGUGAUAUCUGCUACUCUACUGUCUUUGCUCCCAAGAUGCUGGUCAAUUUCUUAUCAAUACAUAAAUCCAGCACAUUUGCUGGCUGUCUUCUGCAGAGUUUCCUUUUUCAACUCUAUGGAACCACAGAAGGCAUCCUCCUGUCUAUGAUGGCUUAUGACCGCUAUGCAGCAAUAGCCAGCCCCUUGCUGUAUACAGUCAUUAUGACCCAAAGGCUUUGUAUUGGGAUGGUCCUUGUGUCUUACUUGGGUGGGCUCAUUAACUCACUGACACACACAAUAGGCCUGUUCAAACUUGACUUCUGUGGUCCUAACAUUGUGAAUCAUUAUUUCUGUGACAUCCCCCCUCUUCUGAAGCUCUCUUGCUCUGAUGCACAUAACAAUGAGAUGCUGGUUUUGAUAUUCACUGGGGUUAUUGGCAUGCUUACUUUGACCACCAUAGUGCUCUCUUACAUCCGCAUCAUCAUUGCCAUCCAGAGAAUUCGCUCAGCGGAGGGGAGGCGCAAAGCCUUCUCCACUUGUGCCUCCCACCUGACCGCCGUGACCUUAUUCUAUGGGUCUGCAACCUUCAGUUACAUCCAGCCAAGCUCUCAGUAUUCCCUGGACCAGGAGAAGGUCUCUGCUGUGUUUUAUACUUUGGUGACCCCCAUGCUAAACCCACUUAUUUAUAGCCUAAGAAACAAGGAUGUGAAAGAUGCAGCGAAAAGGUCAAUAUGGGGGAAAGGAAUUUCAGCUUGA